AUUUUGAUAUUGGAUUAGCUGUUUAAGACAAGUUUCUUUUUGUGGGGAUGGAAGAUUGCACUAAAAAUAUGCUUUGCUCAGGGGCUUGCUGGCUGAUGCUGGAGAGACUGUGUAGAGAAUCUGAUGCUUUACAAAUGUCACCACCGUGAUGCGGUGGUCAGUCCCUUUCCCUGAAAGAUAAAUGGUACUAUUGGAAGCACGAGAAUAAGGUUGACUUUUCCAACAAUAGGAUUCUGCCUUUGUCUUUCCAGAGAGGCCUCUGAGGAUGUUUGAGCAUUUGUUUUAGUGUUUCACGGAAAGGCUGUGUGUGUGGGGUGCUUUUUGGGAAAGUGGUCGGUGUGCUGAGUACCUGGAUUUAUAGACGGAUAAGAUUAGCUAAUUUUUUAGAGGAGCAGCGUACGAUUAUUGUUUCAGAAAAAUGGCUGAAUCUUGAUAUGCAUAAUGAAUUUAUAGUAACAAAGUAAGCUGAAGUUGAAGAGACUUAAAAAUAUUUUCUGAAUGCCUUCUCCAGUGUUAUUAACCCCUGAAGAGACCUUAAGUAAAAAAUUUGCAUUACAAAUCUAACUUUAAUUUUUGAUGUUUGCUUGCACAAGAAUCUAUGGUAAUAUACUAGCUGUUGUAGCAUUUUGAUGUCUGUGUGUUCAGCCUAACCAGUCACCUAAAUUUGAGUUAGGAAAUGUGUCUUACAGGCUAGUUUAAUCUAAGCUAGUUUUUACUAAGCUACAAAUGUGCUCAGAAAGAUGUGUGGUGAGAGAAAUCCUCUGCAGCCUUUCAUAUUGUUCAUAUUUUAAUUUAAUUCAGUGCUCAUCCCAUAAAUAGAUUGCAUGAUGUUUUUUAAAUGUGAUUUUUCUCCUUGCUUGGUUUGUGUAUAGAUAGAUUUUAUGAGCUUUACUACAUUUCAGAUGUUUUAUUGGUGUGUUUAGUCUCUGUGUGUCUUUAAGCGUGUCUAUGGUUUAAAGAAAUUUAAAAUGGACUGAAUGUCAGUCCCCAGCUUAGCAGUGUGGAGGGAAUAUUUAUACUUUUUAAAAAAUGAACCUUGUAGACCAAUGAUUUGAUUUACAUGUUUUGAAAAUGGUUUUGGUGGUUUUUAGUCAGGUUUUCUUUCUCUAGGAAAGAGCUAAGUGAGCUUAUAAUGUGGCCCAUCGUAGCUUUCUCAGUUUUCAGCUCUUACAUUUAAAAAUGCUUGCAAUGAUACUGAAUUUUUUUUUAAGCAUAGUUAAUUGUUGAAAUGAAUCUGUGGAUGGUAAAGCUGAAUGAUCCUAUGUGUAUUGAGAGGAAUACUUGGUUGCUUUAGUUGAGAUAAAUGUAAAUUUAAGGUUUGCUAUAAUUAGAGUGCUAUGCCUUGUUACUUUGGACAAAACAUGCUUUAGGAAAAUACCUCUUAAGUAAGAGAAAGAAAUGAAUGUUUUCUGACUUGUGAGAAUUCUUUAAAAACUUGCUGUGGUUGGAAGGGGGUAAAAUAUUGCUGUUUGGAAGUGAAGUUUUGUUAGUUUGUCAGUGGCAGCGAGUGGAGGAUUAAUGAGUGUGCAUUGUUAAGUUAAGCACGUUACUCUAAGGCUGGAAAAGAAAAUUCUUUUAAAUACCCGAAGUUUGCUGUCAUUUUAUUUCCUGUCGAGCUGAAGAAUAAUGAAACGAGGUGGCAAAAUAAUUCUGAAAUAACUGCUGUCGUUCGGGGGGGGAGCGCCCGAUAGAGAGGUGUCUGCUGUGCCUUAGACAUUUUCAAGUGGCAGCAACAUCAAAUCCACUCCUUUCAAAAUACGUCUUUUUAAAAAUCUCACCGGGCGGAAGGAAGGCGAGAUGGGCUGAUUAUUAAAAUCAAUAGCACCUGAAAAUAAAUGCAGCUUUAAAUGCACGUCAAAGUGCUUUUGUUGUGCCUUUAAGCCUAGAGGCACAUCAUUAAAUAUGCAUUUCUCCGGAAAGCAACUGUCGAAAAAGAUAAGGUGGUUAAAAUACGCCGGACCUGGGAGCGCGCAGGAGAUAAUUAGCACCAUGGAGCCUCAGGUGUCGAAUGGCCCUACUUCCAAUACAACCAAUGGACCCUCCAGCAACAGUAGAAACUGCCCUUCCCCCAUGCAGACAGGGGCUGCUACAGAUGACAGCAAAACCAACCUCAUAGUCAACUAUUUACCCCAGAACAUGACCCAGGAGGAGUUCAGGAGUCUCUUUGGGAGCAUUGGUGAAAUCGAAUCCUGCAAGCUCGUGAGAGACAAAAUCACAGGGCAGAGUUUAGGGUAUGGAUUCGUUAACUACAUUGAUCCAAAGGAUGCAGAGAAAGCCAUUAACACUUUAAAUGGACUCAGACUCCAGACCAAAACCAUAAAGGUGUCGUAUGCCCGUCCAAGUUCAGCAUCCAUCCGGGAUGCGAACCUGUAUGUCAGCGGCCUUCCCAAAACCAUGACCCAGAAAGAAUUAGAGCAGUUAUUCUCACAAUAUGGGCGCAUCAUCACCUCACGGAUUCUGGUUGAUCAAGUCACAGGGGUUUCUCGAGGUGUGGGAUUUAUCCGUUUUGAUAAGAGAAUAGAGGCAGAAGAAGCCAUAAAGGGACUAAAUGGCCAGAAGCCUAGUGGUGCUACAGAACCAAUUACUGUGAAGUUUGCCAAUAACCCCAGCCAGAAAACAAGCCAGGCACUCCUUUCACAGCUGUAUCAGUCUCCCAACAGACGCUACCCUGGACCACUUCACCACCAGGCUCAGAGAUUCAGGCUGGACAAUUUGCUUAAUAUGGCCUAUGGCGUAAAGAGGUUUUCUCCGAUCACAAUUGAUGGCAUGACGAGCCUUGUGGGAAUGAAUAUCCCUGGUCACACCGGGACUGGAUGGUGCAUCUUCGUCUACAACUUGUCCCCCGACUCGGAUGAGAGCGUGCUGUGGCAGUUGUUUGGUCCCUUUGGAGCGGUCAAUAAUGUCAAGGUGAUCCGUGAUUUCAACACCAACAAGUGCAAGGGAUUUGGCUUUGUCACCAUGACCAACUACGACGAAGCUGCCAUGGCGAUUGCCAGCCUUAAUGGAUACCGUUUAGGAGACAGAGUAUUGCAAGUUUCCUUUAAAACCAAUAAAACCCACAAAUCCUGAAUUUCAUAUCCUUACUUACUAAAAUAUAUAUAUAUAAAUAUAUAUACGAACAAAACAAAACAAAAAAAAAAAACUCUUCGAGGCUUAUAUUCAACCAUGGACUUUAUAAGCCAGUGUUGCCUAAGUAUUAAAACAUUGGAUAUCCUGUGAGGAACAGGAAAGGAUUUUAUAAUGCUUAGAAAAAAAAAAAACCUUUGAUGCAUUGAAUGUUCUUUCAUAGCUGUCGUUGUUGAAUAUAAUAUACAUAGAUAACAAUGUGCAGGGAUUUUUACCCGGCCAGCUAGUUUUACUACCUUCCUUGAAGGUGGGUCUUUUUAAGAUGACCAUUCACUCAUUUGAAAAAAUAAUAAAACAAAAAACAAUUUUUACGAACUAAUGGGAUUAAAAGCAAGAAAAAAAAAAAGAUUUUUGUUUUCUUUUCCGUUUUUUCAAAACAUUGAUUGAAUCAGAUUGGUAAACCCCCCACACAAAUUAAAGAGGAACAAUAAAAAUUGCAAAAAGAAGAACAUAAUUUUGCAACUUUUUUUAUUUUUCCUUUUUUCUUUUGUAUCAUGUGAACUAAACAGUCUUCUGUUAGGGAAUGGGGUAACGGGGGAUACCUGAUGACAUAACAAUUUAAAUAACAUUAACAAUGUUGCCAAAGAGGUGGUCUCUUUGCUGAAAAUGGGUUUCAAGAAAAAUCUAUUUUUAUAAAAUAUAAAGAAUUUUUACAAGAGAAUCUGGAUUUGAGAAAAAAUAUUUUGACUGGCUAAUUUAGGGGAAAUUGACAACUUUGUCAUGUUCAUACUGCACUGGUAACUUUUUAGAGAUCAAGAUGUGUGUUUUAAACUGGAUUAGUAGAUUGUUUUUUGAAGGAUGGGCUACAAACAGAUGAUCUUCGUAUCUUUUCAUAGCAUGUAAUAAAAAUAUUAAAUACAGUACGGGAGAGUGUUCUUCCCAGGCACGCAGUUACCCACAGUCAAAACCCAAAAGCAAGGAGAUGAGUUGCAAGACGGUUUUUCUUUAAGUCAUCAGUAUGGGAUAUCAGCAGAACAAAAGUUAAAAAAAUUAAUUUUUGAUCAAAAACUUCCUUGGUUUGAGCAGUAGGUGCUACAAAAUUAUUUACAUAUCUUAGUAUCAUAGUUAAAUGUAAUGUGUUUAGAAAAAAAUACAUUUGCUUUAAAUUUGUUAAGAAUUUUCAAAUUCACUUUAUAGCCCAAGCUAAUAUAAUUGGGCUGUGUUGGCACAUUUGGAACACUGUUUAUGUUGCUUGAAACACUUAUUUAUUUAAUUGCCGAUGUGAUGCAUAUGGCCAAAAUCAAAUAUAGCUAGUUUGGCUAGUCUACUUAUUUGUUUACUUAAACUAUGGGAAGAAGCAUAUUAUUGUGUCAUUUUGUUGUGUGUGUAUGUGUAUAUAUAAUAUAAAUAUAUAUAUAUAUAAAGUUAUUUUUUCUUUUGGUUAAUUUAUUAUAAGUUGUAACACUUUGCUAGUUUUGUUUGUAUAUGUCUUAAAAUGUUUUCUUAUGAUACUUAAGUGACAGAGGUAUCAAGGUAACUUGUGUAGAAAUAUUGUUUGAUAUAUUGUCAUGUUUGUUGUGAAUAUUUUUUCUUACUGCACAGUAGAAAAGAAAACAACUGGGUCUUUAUUUUAAUGUAAUUCAGAUUGGGGAAAACAGAGCUAAGGGAACAAAAUGACUGAGGGGGUGCUCUCCCAUGUCCAGUGCACUGAUCAUUUUAGUAUGUUUGUGCUUUGUACGGUUAUAUAUUUAAAACAAAAAAGGGUCAUGCUCUUCCCUGAGUACUAGAAACAGUUACUCGCUAUGCAUAAUCUAGUUGAUAGUUAAAUUUGCUAUUGCUUUUCUUGUCUUGUUAUAUAAAAUCUUUUCAAUACAAGUUUAGUCUUAAUGGUAAUAAAACGUUAUGGUUAUUUAUAA